ACAGAUUCUGCUUUAAUAUUCUCACAUUUUAUCAGCGAAAAUGAGUUCAUGUAUAAUAAAGUGCUGCAUAUAAAUUUAAUAUUCAUUUAUAUUUUUAUGUUUUUUCCCUCCUAUGAUACAAAAGCUGAGCGCUGUGUUUAUUUUCACUUUCACUAUUUUCCUCUAUCAGCUUACUUCACUUCCAGCUCCCAGACAAACUGCAGUCUCAGCAGUUCCUGACUGUCUCCCAGUCUCUCAGUAGGCCAUGUACCUUUUGGCUCUCCUCUUGUGGGUUACAACAGCUUUGGCUGGAGUUCCACAUGCCAGCAGAGAACAUGAGCCUUCUUUCCCAAAGGCAACCAAUGGACAGCCGUUCCCAUGGAACAAGAUGAGGCUUCCUCAGGCUGUUUUGCCCCUCCACUACGACGUUCUCAUCCACCCCAAUCUCACUAGCUUAGACUUUUCUGGAAGUGUGAAGAUCCAAGUGGAGGUCCAUGAAGAAACCAACACCAUUGUACUCCACAGCAAAGAUCUCAACAUUACCAAGGCAGCACUGCGGGGCUCAGCUGAAGGUCAAGAUCAAGUUCUGAAGGUGCUGGAGUAUCCGGCCUACCACCAAAUCGCUCUUGUGAGCGAUAGUACAGUGCUGAAGAGGGGUGGUGUGUAUGUUAUCGAGCUGGAGUUCGUGGCCAAACUCUCAGAGAGCUUCCACGGGUUUUACAAAAGCACGUACCGGACCAGGGAAGGAGAAGAGAGGGUUCUGGCCUCCACACAGUUUGAGGCGACCAGCGCUCGUGCAGCUUUCCCCUGUUUUGAUGAGCCGGCCUUCAAAGCUAACUUCUCCAUCCGCAUCCGCCGAGAGAGCAGACACAUCUCCAUCUCCAACAUGCCAAAGCUGAGGACAGUGGCACUUCCUGGCGGCCUGUUUGAGGACCAGUUUGACGUCACUGUGAAGAUGAGCACGUACCUGGUGGCAUUCAUCGUGUGCGACUUCCUGUCCAUCAGCAAAAACACCGAGCAUGGGGUCAAGAUCUCAGUAUACACCGUACCAGAGAAGAUAGACCAGGCUGAGUUUGCACUGGACGCUGCAGUGAGGCUGCUGGACUUCUAUGAUGAUUACUUUGACAUUCCGUAUCCUCUCCCUAAGCAAGAUCUUGCUGCAAUCCCAGACUUCCAGUCAGGUGCUAUGGAGAACUGGGGACUGACCACUUACAGAGAGACUGCCCUGCUCUUUGACCCCCACAAGUCCUCUGCCUCUGACAAGCUGGGCAUCACUAUGGUCAUAGCACAUGAGCUCGCCCACCAGUGGUUUGGUAACCUGGUGACGAUGCAGUGGUGGAAUGAUCUCUGGCUGAACGAGGGAUUCGCCAAGUUCAUGGAAUUUGUGUCUGUUAACAUCACCAACCCUGAGCUGCAAGUGGAGGACUAUUUCCUGGGAAAGUGCUUUGAGGCGAUGGAGGUGGAUUGUUUAGGCUCCUCCCACCCUGUGUCCACCCCCGUGGAGAACCCGGCUCAGAUACAGGAAAUGUUCGAUGACGUGUCUUAUGACAAGGGUGCUUGUAUUCUGCACAUGCUGAGGGAGUUCCUGAGCCCUGACCUCUUUAAAUCUGGCAUCGUUCGAUAUCUGAAAAAAUACAGCUACCAGAACACGGUUAACACACACCUUUGGGAAAGUCUGACGACUAAACAGCACUCGGAGGACGAGCUGGAUGUUAGGGUGAUGAUGGAGACCUGGACACUGCAGGAAGGCUUCCCCCUCGUCACAGUGGAAGUCAAAGGUCGUGAAGUGCGCCUAAGUCAGGAGCGGUACCUGAAGGGCGGCGACCCCUCCCAGACCUCUGGGUUUCUGUGGCAUGUCCCACUGACAUACGUCACCAGUAAUUCGGCCACCGUCCAUCGCUUUCUGCUGAAGACUAAGACAGAUGUGCUGUACCUGCCUGAAGAGGCAGACUGGGUGAAGUUUAACGUGGACAUGAGCGGAUACUACAUUGUCCACUACGAGGGGUCGGGCUGGGACGACCUCAUUACUCUGCUCAAACACAACCACACUGCCCUCAGCGGCAACGACCGGACCAGCCUCAUCAACAACGUCUUCCAGUUGGUCAGUGUGGGGAAGCUACCGCUGGACAAAGCUCUGGACCUGUCGUUGUAUCUGAGCCACGAGACGGAGAUCAUGCCUGUGACGCAGGGCCUCAGCGAGCUUGUCCCACUCUACAAACUGAUGGAGAAAAGGGAAAUGGAGGCGCUGGAGAACCAGAUGAAGGGCUACAUCGUGCACCUGUUCCGUGAGCUCAUAGACCGGCAGGCAUGGACUGACGACGGCUCAGUGUCUGAGAGGAUGCUGCGCAGCUACCUGCUCCUCUUCGCCUGCGUGAGGGGUCACCCACCCUGCGUCUCCACCGCCACCCAGCUCUUCAACAAGUGGAAGGAGUCUGAUGGCAACAUGAGUCUCCCUAACGACGUCAGCCUUGCGGUGUUUGCGGUUGGUGCUCGCACUGAGGAGGGCUGGGACUUUAUGUUUGAGAAGUAUCGUGAAUCUAUUUAUGCGUCACUGAAGAGCCGAAUCAAAUCUGCCCUGUCCAUCUCUCCUCUCGCUCACAAACUCAAAUGGAUGAUGGAGCAGAGUUUGGAGGGCUCUGUGAUGAAGACGCAGGACCUGCCGUAUGUUGUGACAUCAGUCAGCAAGAACCCUAAAGGCUAUAAACACGCCUGGGACUUCCUGAGGGCCAACUGGCACUCGCUGGUGAAGAAGUUUGACCUUGGUUCUCACUCCAUUGCGCACAUGGUAACAGGCGUGACCAGUCAGUACUCCACCAGAGAGAUGCUGGAAGAGAUUCGGGGAUUUUUCAAUUCCUUAACUGCUGAGACGGGCGCUGAGCUGCGCUGCAUCCAACAGGCCCUGGAGAACGUGGAGGAGAACAUUCGCUGGAUGGACAAGAACCUCCCUCUGCUCCAAGCCUGGCUGGACAAGAAUCAUCCGGAACCGGCCCAGCUAGACGACCAGUUCAAACACACAGAGCUGUGAAGCCCUUGACCGCACAAGACCCGACCUGACCCGAGCCAACAGCUCGUACUGAAUGACCGAACCUAGAACGUACAGACGUAUUUGAGAAAGGGCCUGGUGAAUGGUGAAAUUGGCUGAAAUGUGUGUGAUUGGUUUGAAGGACACACUGCUGGUCUUCAAGAAGAAUUGCACCAUUUUUUUUCAAAUUUUCUGCAAAAUUAUAGAGUUGAGAUGUAAACAAAGUAACUCAGAGUGGGUUGAUGUGAAAUUCUCCAUUCUAGACAAACUUAUAGUCUAAAGUGUUCUCAGUGGUGGCGAUAGGAACCAGACGUCCACCUCUAAAAGCUCCCUCACAGAAAGUUAUUACAUUAACUGGCCAUGAACAUACUGCCUGAAGCCUGAUGCAUUUUUAUGAUGAUUUUUGUGUAAAUAAAAUGGCUUGUUUGUGUUGUAGACAUUGUGACCCCUGGUUCCCAUCACCACCGCUGUAAAGAAGUCAGUGAGCUUUUCUACAAUGAACCAUAAACCAGUCUGCAUGAGUUUGUUUACAGCUCAACAACUGAGUCAUGAAGAAAAUUUGGUGGAAUUCCCUCAAAAGUAACUGUUGAGUACCUUUAUGAACUAAUUUGAAGAAUAGAUUCAUUGCUAUCAUAUUUUUGAAGAAGGUCAAGGCUUUUUCUAAAAAAAAAAAAA